AGUGAUGUAGGCAAAGGGGUAUUGACGUAUUAUUGGGCUGAAUAAACAUGAGCAAAUGCUCACAGUAACAUACAGACAGACAGGAAGGAUGAAGGUGCCCCUGCUGUGGUGGAUUGCUCUUCUUUCCCUACCCCUGAUCACAUUAUGUGACCCACUAUUCAUUCUGUCAGCUCCUAAUUUACUGAGGGUGGGUUCCUCCGAGAACGUGUUUGUGGAAGCCCAGGAUUACUCUGGAGAAGACCUGAAUGUGAGGAUUGUAGUGAAAAACCAUCCACGCAAAAAUUUGGAGAUACUGUCCAAAUCUGUGACGCUGACAAGGGACAAUGAUUUUCAAAUGCUUGCAGACAUACAGAUUCCAGACAACAAGGAUUUAUUUUCCGAUGAUCCUCUGGAGAAGCAGUAUGUCUAUUUACAAGCUCAAUUUCCAUCCAAAGUUUUGGAGAAAGUGCUCAUGGUGUCAUUCCAGUCUGGAUAUAUAUUUGUACAAACGGACAAAGCCAUCUACACACCUGCUAGCACAGUUCAGUACAGAAUCUUAUCCGUGACUCCCAGCCUUCAACCUAUGGAAAAUUCUGGAAUUUCACUUGAUAUUAUGAAUCCUCUAGGCAUUACAACAAUGGGAGAAGUGGUUUAUCCACAUCAAGGAAUAAAGUCAGGGAAAUACGGCAUACCUGCAUUGGCCAGUCCUGGCAUCUGGAAAGUGGUUACAAGGUUCAAGAACACUCCACAGAAGAACUUUACGGCUGAAUUUGAAGUCAAAGAAUAUGUGCUUCCAACUUUUGAAGUCACAUUAUCGCUCAGCCAGUCGUACUUCUGUGUCAAUGAUGAAAGUCUUACUGUCGAAAUCCAGGCCAAGUACCUAUUUGGAAACAACGUAAACGGAAAUGCAAUUGUGGUGUUUGGCGUGAUGGAUGAUGAGAAGAAAAUAAGCAUCCCGUCCUCUCUACAAAGAGUCCAGAUUUUAGAUGGAGAGGGUCAAGUCAAACUCACUAAGAUGAUGAUUCUUCAAACCUUUCCAGAUAUUAACACUUUGGUUGGACAAUCACUUUACAUCUCUGUCAGUGUUUUAACAGAUACUGGCAGUGAAAUGGUAGAAGCACACAGGAGAGGCAUUCAGAUUGUGACAACACCACACACCAUCCGAUUUAAGGGAACACCCCAGUAUUUCAAACCUGGAAUGCCUUUUGAUGUCUCGGUUUAUGUAACAGAUCCUGAACAGAUUCCUGUUAAAAAUGUGGAGCUGGAGGUCAAUCCCGGAGGGGUCAAAGGUCGUACAAAGGGCAACGGGAUUGCAAAGUUUACUGUAAAUUCUCAAGAGGGAACGUCUACACUUGAGAUCACGGCACGAACCAAAGAUCCACGUUUAGCAGAUGAAGAGCAGGCAGUGCAGAAAAUGACAACACAGGCCUACAUAACCAAAGGUGACUCCAAAAACUACAUGCACGUUGGCAUUGAUGCUAUAGAGCUUCAGAUUGGAGAUCAAAUUAAAGUCAAUCUGAAUACUGGAAGAAGUCCAGGAGCCAAAGAUCAAGAUUAUACAUAUAUGAUCCUAAGUAAAGGACAGAUUGUAAAGGUGGACAGGUUUAAGAGAAGAGGACAAUCUUUAGUGACUUUGUCUCUACCUGUAACUAAAGAAAUGGUGCCGUCAUUUCGCUUUGUGGCUUAUUAUCAUGUGGGUUCAUCUGAGGUGGUCUCUGAUUCAGUCUGGGUUGAUGUGAAGGACACAUGCAUGGGAACUCUAAAAAUUGAAGUAAACGAGCCUCGGCCGUUCUAUGAACCUGGUGAUGGCUUCAGCUUGCAAAUAACCGGAGAUCCUGGAGCUAAAGUUGGACUGGUGGCAGUAGACAAAGCUGUGCAUGUGCUCAACAAGAACAGAUUCACUCAGUCUAAGAUCUGGGACGUCAUUGAGAAACAUGACAGUGGUUGUACAGCAGGAAGUGGUAAAGACAGUAUGGGGGUUUUCUAUGAUGCUGGUUUGAUGUUUGAGUCCAGCACUGCUGGAGGAACCAGCACCAGAACAAUGCCGGAAUGCCCCAGAGUUUCAAAGAGAAGACGUAGAUCCAAGAAUCUUUGGCAAGUCAGCACUACACUGGCUGGUAAAUACUCAGGUGAUCUGAAGAAGUGCUGUGUUGAUGGAAUGAAGGAAAAUAAACUGGGUUACAGCUGCGAACGACGAGCCACGUACAUCGCAGAUGGACAGGAGUGUGUUCAGGCCUUUCUGAGCUGCUGUCAUGACGUAAUGUCUCAAAGCGUUGAAGCCGGAGAGCAGGAGAUGAUUCUGGCUCGCAGUGAAGAUGAUGACUAUUAUGAGAGUUUUGAUGAAAUCACAUCCCGUACACAGUUUCCAGACAGCUGGCUCUGGAGUGAGGAGGUUCUGCCCCUUUGCCCGGCUAAUAACAAGUUAUGUCAAACAACGUCCCUCAUCAGAGAUAAACUCUACAUGAAAGAGUCCAUCACGACCUGGCAGAUCUUUGCUGUCAGUCUGUCAAAAACCCAUGGUAUCUGUGUGGCCGAUCCUCACGAGAUGAUCGUCUAUAAGAGGUUUUUUAUCGAGCUGAAGGUCCCGUACUCAGCAGUGCGCAAUGAACAGCUGCAAAUUAGAGCCAUCAUUCACAAUUACACCAAAAAGAAACUGAAGGUGCGGGUUGAGUUCGCAGAGACGGAGCACAUUUGCAGCGCUGCCAGCCGGAAGGGCACAUACAUGAAAGAAAUCGAGGUUGACUCGAUGACCUCCGUGAGCGUCCCGCAUGUGGUUAUUCCCCUGGAGCUGGGCAACCACUGGAUUGAUGUUAAGGCUGCAGCAUAUGACUCGGUUCACACUGAUGGAGUGAAGAAGAUCUUAAAGGUGGUGUCUGAGGGCCUGCUGACCAUGGUGCAAGAAAAAAACGUUGAGCUCAACCCUUCUAAAACAGGUGCACAACAUGUGUCCAUCAGAAGCAGCAAACCCAUAACUCAGGUUCCGAACACCCCUGCCAACACAUACAUCUCAGUUACAAGUAAGAAUUUUAGUGCUAUGAUUGAGCCGGCCAUCAGCGGAGAUUUCAUGGGUCGCUUUAUUGUCCAGCCCCACGGUAAUGGAGAGGAGAUCAUGAUCCACAUGACUCUACCUCUCAUUGCCACCCAUUAUCUAGAUAGCACCAAUCAGUGGGACGCUGUCGGCAUGGACCGCAGAAAUGAAGCUGUUAACCAUAUCAACACAGGCUAUCAACAAAUGCUGCAUUUCCGUAAAGGGGAUGGGUCAUACGCCGUCCUGAUGAGCACACGUAGCAGAACAUGGCUGACAGCAUAUGUGGCUAAAGUCUUUGUGAUGGCCAAUGAUUUUAUCGACGUAGAUGAAAAUGUGCUCUGCAGCGCCCUCAAGUGGUUAAUCAACAAGAAACAGCAAGCAAAUGGCAUGUUUAAAGAGGACGCGCACGUAGAUCAUGAAGAGAUGAUUUUUGUGUUGAUGCAGGGUGAUGUACGUAGUAAAGAUGCAGAAGCCUCGCUGACUGCGUUUGUCCUGAUCGCCAUCCAAGAGGGCAGUGAGAUUUGUGCCCGAUCUGUCCAUAAUCUUAAGGGAGGUGUGGACAAAGCCAUUCAGUACCUGACUGUCAGAAUUCACAGUCUAACCAAUCCUUAUGCUGUUGCAAUGACCUCUUAUGCUUUGGCUAAUGCUGGCAAACUCAACAGAGACAUCUUGAUGAGCCACUCCAGCCAGAAUGAAGCUGGUACUUUUUGGCAAGUUUCCGGGCCACACUAUCACUCUCUAGAGGCCACAGGCUAUGCUGUACUCGCCCUGGUGAAGGUGAAGGAUUUUGAGAGAGCAAAACAGGCAGUGCGCUGGCUGGGCAGACAAAGAGAUCAGUAUGGAGGUCCAGGUACCACACAGGCAACCAUGAUAGUUUUCCAGGCCGUAGCUGAAUAUCGUACUCAAGCGAAGAAGCAGGAUUUUAAUCUGAAUGUUGAAGUUUCAGUGGAGGGAAGGAAAUUGAAUAACAAGUGGACAUUCACGCGUUCCAACAACCACGUUACUCGUUCUGAAAAGGUGAAACUUACACAAGACUUCAACAUCACUGCUCGAGGAAACGGGGUGGCCACUCUCUCUGUAUAUACUCUGUAUUAUGCUCUGCCCGAGGAAAAGAACACUGAUUGUAAAAUGUUUGAUCUCACUGUGCAGAUGAAAAAAGAGCAUCAGGUUUCCUAUCCGGGGGCAAUUGAAACGUACCUACUUGCUAUCGAAACCAAUUUCAAGAAUCCUGACAGAGACGCUGCAGUGUCUGUUUUGGAUAUUGGCCUGCUGACUGGAUUUAAAGUGGAUGAGAAUGAUCUUUUAAAGCUCUCUAAAGGGAAAGACAAAUACAUUGACAGAUUUGAGAAGAAUGUGGACCUUUCAGAACGUGGAUCUCUAAUGAUCUUCUUGAAGAAGAUAUCUCGUAAAGAGAGGGAAAGGAUUGCUUUCAGAAUCCAUAAGAUGAAUGAAGUGGGCAUGUUGCAGCCCGCUGGAGUCACUCUCUAUGAAUACAUCUUUCCAGAUGAUCGUUGUGUGAAGUUCUACCAUCCUCAUAAGAAAGAUGGAGCUCUGAAUCGACUCUGCCAUGAGGAUCUGUGCCAUUGCGCUGAAGAAAACUGCAGUUUUCAAAAGAAGCAUCAUAUAAAAGAAUCACAGCGUGCCGACAAGGCCUGCGCCAGCGAAGUGGACUAUGUUUAUAAAACCAGGGUGGAAAGUAUGGAUCUCUCACUGCAUGCAGACAUCUAUAACAUGACGAUUGAACAAGUACUGAAGGAAGGCACUGAUCCAGCUGUUGAAGGCACCAUGAAAUCUUUUCUGGCUCACCCUCACUGUAGAGAGUUUUUAAAGCUUGAAGAAGGCAAGACCUACCUGAUCAUGGGCCAAACCAAAAGCCUUCCCAGGAUUGGUGCAAGCCUGAGGUACAGCUUGGGUGAACGGACUUGGAUUGAAUACUGGCCAACACUACAAGAGUCCCAGACUGCAGAACACAGGGAUCGGUACAAUAGCAUCACUGCGUUAGCUGACCAGCUCUUCAACUUUGGAUGCACAACAUGAAAAUUCUCAUGAGCUGUGUACAUGAUUCUGUAAAUUUUCUUUUUUGUCAUCUUACACAUUUAUAAUAUGAUAUUAUCCAUAAUAUUAUCCAUAUUUUAUCUUCUGGCACUGGCUGGCACACUGGGGUUAGCAACCUCACACUUUUUUAGAUCAGAUAAUUUGACUACAAAAAACCUGGUGGACAUUUCCAUUGCCUUUAAAAGUGCAAUUUGUAACUUUGUAUAAAGACCUUACAUAAUGAGUUCUAUUGUUUUUAUUACCUUAGAAUGAGGAAUUUAGAAUAUAUAGACAUAAAAUGCACGUCUCUGUCAUGUUUCUGCAGUAGCCCUUUAGAAGCAAAAUUAGAAAUGACCUUAAUAUAUUACUUUGUAACAUCACACUUCUGUAUUUGUAUGAAACUACAGACAGAUUUUUAUUUUUAUGAAAGAUAUGUUACCAGAUGAGAUCAAAUGAUGUAGAGCUCUCUGUUGUUCAAUGUAAAUUAUUAUAAAUGAAUUAUUAAAUUAAAUAGAUAAUCACAAUCAUGAUGUGUUGUCAAUUGUCAAAAUAAUUUACAGCUGCAAACACAGAUAGAGUAAAUAGAAAAACAGUUAGUGUAACAGAAACUCCAGUGAUUAUGCAAUUGUGGUUGUUGAUUUCUAGUUGAUUGUGAGUUUGCAGUUUUGUGUAGAUAAAACAUUUCCUAAACCUUCUCCACCCAAACGGUGUUUGACCCAAGUCAGUGGCCGCUAACCUGCGUAUAAAUGCAAUGCACACUAUAGACUAAACAAUUGAUAAAACUGUACCGUGAGGUUACGUAGCAUUCCCCUGUCAGAGAACACACUGAUGUAUCAUUUAAUAAUCUUAAUAUUCAUGUGAUAUUUUCACAGUAUUUUUUAAGAUUUAUUUUUUAAAGAUUUAUAUAUAUUAGCAAUUCCAUGCAAAUGUCAACCUUACCAUAAAACAUAAUACUGAUACCCAUUAUAUUCACUCAUUUUAUUUCAUAUUAUUAUUAUCAUCACCUCCUUGGUGUUGUUUUGACUCAAUUUGUGUACACACAAAAAUAAAAUUAAAUAUUUUUUUAUGUUCUUUGAAGAGCUGUCCUCUUUCUAUUUGAGUAGUAUUAUUUCUGGUUAUCUGGUUUGUGCAUUUUUUUUUCUUUCACAGAAUUCAUAAAAAGUAUGUUGUAAAAAAAUUUUGUCCUUCUUUGUCACAUGUAUAACAAAUGCAUCCAAUGAAGUCCUUGGCAACACAUAUUAAUUAUGAUAAAUCUUUGUUUUAUGUAUUUGAGGUAAAUUUACCAAAUAUAAUUAUGGAAAUGGUCUUUACUUAAUAUCCUAAUGAGUUUUGGUGUAAAGAUGUAUUAUUUUGACCCAUAUAAUGAACUGUUGGCUAUUUCUAGCAAUAUACCUGUGUGACUUAAAAAAUGUUAAUGGAUAAAGAAGUGUAUUGUUACCUCA